AUGUUUUAUUUCAGACUUGAACGGUUACCAUUACCAUAUCAUUUAACCGGACAACAAGGCAGUUAGUGACAUUAUCUAAGUAAAUAGUAGGGGACUAACUCUACGGCAGCUGCUCGACGCAAAGAUGGCGCAACUGCGUGGCGACGCCAUUUUCCAUAGCGCUGACUAGACGCCGACGCUCAAAAGACGCUAGGGGACAAAUUAUUAUACUUACACGGCUUAUCAGACGUGACAGUCGUUUAUGAAAAACGCCAUAAGCCUUUACGAAGGGCCGCACUGCGUGGCAAGGUGUUCCGAAUUAUAAUCUUGAAUUUUUCCUCAUUGUUGUUGGUCUAUUUGACGGUAUAACACAUCAUCAUAUAUUUAAGAGUUAGACUUUUGUCGGUGGAGCGAUUUUCAUGUAUGUCGGUUCUCUGCCUUUUCCUUGACAGCUUGAUACGACACGAUGUUGAGUUUUUCCUUUAUUCGUUCCAUGUAUUCUCUCCUUAAGGGCAGGUACAGACGGACUGCAACUCUACUGCAACUUGGAACUACAUGCUGACGUUGCAGUUGGCGUGCAGUCUAUAUCGACCCUAAUAUCCCCUUCUUCUUCUUUGCUUCAUCUUUCCCUUCUAUGAUUCGUCUUGUCGUAACAGAUGUCCAAGCAUCUUUCGUCUUCUAUUAUCUAUGGUUCUCAACAAACUUCUCUUCUCUCAGUUCUCUCCUACUAUACGUAAAACCUCUUUGUUGGUUUUCUUUUCAGUCUAAUAUUUUGGAAAAAUGGUCUCAUGUAAAAUAUCAAAAGUCUAAAUAAAUGUACGGAACCUUCAUUGCCCAAAUCUAAACCGAAAUUGAAUGGAUGUAUUUAUACGUUACAGUUAUUGCUCGAAAUGCUAUGAAAACCUUCGAAUAUCUCUGAACGUACAUUUAUAUUUGUAGAGCCUAUUGUUACGGACCAUGUUAUAUAUUUUUCUCGCGAAAAUAAGGUAUAAUCCCUGGCUGAGCAAGACAAAUAGGGAAAAGUGGAACAUUUCAUUUUAAUCCUGACGGGAGAAAGGUCCUUCUUACCCUGGCGGGCGCACCGCGCAGUCGGCUCGUAGGCGCGCUACGGACGGACGCGUCUACGUCCACAUCGCUACGAAUUGUGUGCGUAUCUUGUGCUACGAAAAGUUUAAAUUCUGCGUUCAUAAUAAUUAUUCCAGUGUAUACCCAGCGGGUAUCAUUGCAAAUAGAGGUUUCGUGUUAAGUGCUAAAUUGUUCAGUUUAUUGUUAGGAAAUGAUUUGUAACUUUAAGAAAGUUUUAUGGAUACUUCUCUAUACAAUAACUGUUCAAGGAUCCUUAUGCCUACGCAACGUUCACGUGAUCGUGCCAGACGCCGCGGAGAGGGGCUCCAAAGUGCGGAUGCAGUGUCUAUACGACCUGGAACAAGAAGUGCUGUACUCUGUGAAGUGGUACCGUGGGGACCGCGAGUUCUGUCGGUAUCAGCCGCGCGAUGCCCCUCCUUUGAAAGUUUUUAGAAUUCCUGGGAUCGAAGUUGAGCGGGAUGAGACAGACGCGAAGCAGCUGGUGAUCACGGCAGCGACGCGCACGGCGGGCGGACGAUACACGUGCGAGGUGUCGGCCGACGCGCCGUCCUUCCAGACCGCGCAGGUUCAUACGCAUAUGUACGUCGUUGAUCUGCCGCAGGCGGAUCCACAGCUCAUUGGUAUGAAGCAGCGGUAUCGUGCCGGCAUGACCCUCAAGGCAGAGUGCUUCAGUAAAAACGCCAUGCCCGCCGCCAACCUCUCUUUUUUCAUCAACAGUGAACCGGCCCUAUCGCAGCACGUGUGGCACCGCGUGGAUGUUUCCGACAACGGUAAACUUAUGACCGCCUACAGCACCAUACAGUUCGUGGUACAGCGGCAUCACUUCGUUAACGAGCGGAUAAAGGUCCGAUGUACUGCCAUCAUAUACUCCAUAUAUUUGAGGAGCGUUGAGAAAAGCGCAGAAGAAGAACGGAUACGGACGACCACGACCAGUGGCCCCGAAGUGCGGCAAGCUAAGAUCUACUCUGUGCAUCGGCAGCCGAAACCUAAUAAAACUUACGAGUUUCCUGUAAAACUUUAAUGUCUGUCAGUAGAUGCUAGUCCAACCGUCAUGUCCAGUAGCUCAGCGGCCAGGAUUGUCCCGUUGGUCACAUUACUUCUUCCAACAGUGCUAAGAUAAACGUCACAAGGAAACUAGGUAGACAAUGUAAUUAAUACAGUUUUCUACUAAAUUCAAAUGUAUCAUACCGAAAUCGUGUUCUGACUGACAAAAAAACUCUAUUUCCGCUGUUGUUAAGAAUUAGUAGUUGUGCCAACCCGAAUUUAUGUAUUUCAUCAAAUGAAAUGCACUGUCAUUAUUCUCUUCUAGUUUAAGUUUAGUUUCUAAGGUACAUGUUGUUAAGUAGAAAUCUGUUCCAAAUUAAACAAUAUAAUAUAUAUAAGCUAA